ACACUUCAAUUUUUUUUCUUCAUCCAUCCAUCCAUCUAUUAUUAUUAUUAUAUAUCAUCAUGGCUACAAUUGAAAACCCCCUCACAAUUACUGAAAAAGUUUAUGUUAGAGUUAGACUUGCAAAUGAAAAUGAUAUACAUCAUAUAUACAAACUUUUUUACCAAAUUCAUGAAUAUCAUAAUUACACUCAUCUUUACAAAGCUACUGAAUCCUCCCUUUGUGACCUUUUAUUCAAUAAAACAAACCCUAGUCCUUUAUUUUAUGGUCCUUCAAUACUUCUACUUGAAGUAUCGCCAACGCCUUUUUCAGAUAUUGAUAGUAAAGGCGAAAAAUUUAAGCCUGUCCUAAAAAAAUUUGACCUAAGGGCAAAUGUCGUAGACAAAGAAGCCGAUGAAUUCAAGUCCAAUUCGAUCAAUGAUGAUGAUAAAAACGAUGUUUUUAUUGCUGGAUAUUCAUUUUUUUACGCGAAUUAUUCGUGUUUUUAUGAUAAGGCUGGGAUUUAUUUUGAGAGUCUUUAUUUUAGGGAAAGUUAUAGGAAAUUGGGCAUGGGAAGGUUGUUGUUUGGGACAGUUGCAUCAAUUGCUGCAAAUAAUGGAUUUUCAUCAGUUGAGGGAAUUGUGGCUGUUUGGAAUAAAAAAUCAUAUGAUUUUUAUGUUGAUAUGGGAGUUGAAAUAUUUGAAGAAUUUAGGUAUGGGAAAAUGGUUGGUGAUGCUUUACAAAAAUACGCUGACCCUAAGGAGAUUUGAUCAUGAAAAUAUUUAAAUUUAUUUUGCAGUUUUUUUUUUUUUGUUUUUUUUUCAUUUUGUAAAAGCAAUAUUUAUUACUACUAUAUGUGUAUUGAUUUGUGUUUGGAAAUGUUGGAUGAAUUAAACAUGUUUUUUUUUCCUGGUUUAAUUUCCUAUCUGGUGUUUGGUAUCUAUAUUGAAGUUCGACUAUAUUCAGAUUCGCAUCGAAAGUCAAAGUUCCACAUUGGGUAAAACGCUUCCUAACAAAGGGGGCUUCGUACAUGUUGGAUGAAUAAACAUGUUUCUUUUUUCCUGGUUUAAUUUCCUAUCUGGUGUUCGAUAUUGAAGUUCGACUAUAUUCAGAUCUGCGCCGGAAAUUGAAGUCCUACAUUGGGGUAAAACACUCUCUAACAAAGGAGAUUUCGUACUCGGGGGACUCGAACCCAACAUGUUUGGUUAAGGAUGAAAGAGUACUUAGCACUACACCAUGUGUUAAUACUAUCGUCAUAGGGAUACUCUAUCCGGUCUAUUUAUGUGUCAUGUUUUUUUUCAUGCUUCAUAAUAAGGUAUUAUAAAUUAUAAAGUGUAACUUGAUGUAAGGUCCAAGUACAUUUUAUCCUCCUAAGAUCUUAUAUUA